UUGGUGCACGGAUUGAUGAUGACAUAAAACAUGGCGGGUGCCGCGAAAAGACAAAAAGUUGAAUCUUUGGGACAGAGGGACAACUUAGAUAAUGAUGCACCGACUGUAUUUCUGAAAUGGUGUGAUGAUUUGGGGUUUAAUGUUAAUCGGAAGGUAAGAGUGGGUAAGCAGGGCUCCUGUAGUCAUUAUGGAAUGAUUGCAGAGGGCGACAUACAAAAAGGAGAGACGUUGUUUAAUGUGCCUAGAGAUGCCUUACUACACCCAGCCACCUGCUCUAUCUCUUCAAUCUUAAAGAAAGGGGAAGAUAAGCUGAACAGUGCCAGUGGCUGGGUGCCUCUCUUACUAUGCCUGAUGUAUGAAUACACCAAUAGUGAGUCAAAGUGGGGGCCGUAUCUAGACGCUUGUUGUCCUCCAGACUCGGACCAACUGGAUCAGCCAAUGUUUUGGGAAAGAGAAACAAUUGCCAAAGAACUAAAGAGAACUGGUGUUCCUGAGUUAGUUGAGAAAGAUGAAGUGAACAUACGUCAUGAGUACAAAAAUAUCGCUGUACCUUUCAUGAAAAAGCACCCAAAACAGUUUGAUCUCGGCAUCCACACUCUGGAGCUGUACAGGAAGAUGGUAGCCUUUGUAAUGGCCUACAGCUUCACAGAACCCAAGAAGAAGACAAAACCUCCUCAAGAGGAUGCUGAGGAGGAUGAGGAAGAUGACAGUGAUGAGGAUGAUUACCUUGAUGAUGGAAGCCCCCCCAUGAUGGUACCGAUGGCGGACAUCUUGAAUCACGUCUCUCAAAACAACGCCAGGCUACAGUUCGGAGAGACAAGUCUGAGCAUGGUCUCAACGAGGGAAAUUAAAAAGAAUGAAGAAGUAUUCAACACAUACGGUCAGUUGCCCAACUGGCAACUGCUGCAGAUGUAUGGAUUUGCUGAACCAUACCCAGAUAAUAUAUAUGAUACAGUUGACCUUUCUGUGAACUUUCUGAAGGAUGUGUCUUCAGCCGAGGCUAAGUUUGAGUUCAUAACUGACAAUUGGGAGGCGUACGGGGUCGAUAUAACCAUCGGGUGCAGUGAGGUGAUUAAUAAAUGGGAGACGUGUAACAUACUCAAGAUGCUAAGUAUGACUGCAGAGGAGUUCCAAGCACACGAAGAAAGACUUGCAGAUUUUGAUCGAUUGGAGGAGGAUGUGGAGGAAGAUUUUUAUGAUGACAUUUAUGAAGACAUUUUAACGUUUGAUGGUUUGCAUAAGAUUCCAGAUACGUGGAAGACUCUUCUAAACACUUGUGCAACACGCCAGUUAGCAAGCUACAAGAACACAUUGGAGCAGGAUUUACAGCUUCUUGAGGAAAAUCAAGCUGACCCUCUUCAGAGCAGAGAGAGGCACGCAUUAAAUGUCCGUGUGGGUCAGAUGAAGAUACUGGAGAAAAUAACUCAGCUGACGAGGGUAGAAAGAUCACAGGAUUCGAGCUAAGCUUACAGAUACAGGGAUGAGAUCGUUCAGACGUUUUUCUGAUUUCAGACUUUUUAAAGUAUACUUGAUUAUCAAGAUGCUUCAUUUUCCUUCAAAUUAAUUCAGUCAGGCUCUUGGAUCUAAUUUUCCAGCACUGAGGAUAGUGAUGCCAAAAGUGUUUUGGAAUCUAUAACUCCUGCAGCCAAUU